CUGAGUAUCCUUAUAUACUCAGUGAAGUAGUGCACUUUCCCAAGAGCGACUCUACUGCCAUCACUUUCAACAUGUCCCGCAGCGUCGUCUACCUUCUGCUGUCAGCCACUUUGCUCUGCUGCUUUGCCACUCUGCAUGCGCUUCCUAUGGAGGGAACCACUCUCAGUUUCCGAUGCCGCUGCGUCAAGACCACCACCUCUUUCAUCAACCCUCGAACUUUCAGGAGAGUGGAAAUCCUGCCUGCUGGCGCGCGUUGUCGCAAAACCGAAGUGCUGAUCACCAAACAUGAUGAUAGAACAGUUUGUGUGGAUCCUAAAGCGAAGUGGGUCAACAAGUAUAUAAAAGAAGUCAUGAACAGUUUAGAAAAAAAAACCUUGAAGUCUCCACUGCCGACGCAGACGUCACGUGCAGUAUCAGCAUGAAAUAAUGCCUUUGCAAUGAGUUUCUUUUUAUUUUAAACGAAAAUGUUUUAAAUCACAUUUUAAAGUCACUGUGAUCAUUGUUUUAUGAUUGUUAACAAUAUCUGAACAUGAUAUACAGUAGUAAUGUUUUUUAUUAAGUGUCAAUUAAAAGUUACUUAAAUCAA